UCACCAAGACGUUUACGGCAGAAAGCGCGCGCACAUGCAGCAGACUCUGCCGUGGAGCGCGCCGACGGUCACAUCCGCCUCCAGGUGAGGUCAGACGCAGCGGAAAAGGGAAGCGCGUUGUUGACAGGUGGACGGAAAACUAGGAGAAGGAAAUAGAUAGAUAUAUGUUCGAAGCGCGACGAGCUGAGAGAUGGAUUUGAACAAAACGGUGUUAUGUGAGAGCCUGAUUAUUUGGUUGCAAACCUUCAAUGCUGCAGCACCAUGUAAGACGGUGGAGGAUCUGACCACAGGUGCAGCCAUGGCACAAGCUCUGCAUCAGAUAGAUCCGUCCUGGUUCAGUGACAGCUGGUUGACACGUAUUAAAGAUGUUGGAGAUAAUCUGAGACUCAAGGUGAACAACCUUAAAAAAAUCUUGCAGAUGAUUGUUGACUACUAUAACGAGGUUCUAAAUCAGCAGAUGUCAGGCUUCCCUCUUCCUGAUGUGGUGCGUGUGGCCGAACUCUCUGACCCUGUGGAGCUCGGGCGUCUCCUGCAGCUUAUUCUUGGCUGUGCAGUAAAAUGUGAGAGGAAGCAAGAGUAUAUCCAGAUCAUAAUGACUCUGGAGGAAUCUGUGCAGCAUGUAGUCAUGACCGCCAUUCAGGAGCUAAUGAGCAAAGAGUCCAUGGCCCAGUUCGGGACCGAGCCACAGGGGGACAUAGAAGCACAGCUGAAGAAAGCUCUGGAAGACUUGAGCGUGCUGAUGGCAGAGAAAGAUGAGCUGGCUCAACGCUGCCAAGAGCUCGACAUCCAGGUGGCAAUCCUGCAGGAAGAGCGGCAUAGCCUACUAGCAGAGAACGAUGUGCUGGCGGAUCGAGCCAGUCAGUUGGAUUCCUUCGAUGAUCCCAGCACUCCAUCGGGAAAGAAGCAUAGCCAGCUCCAGCUGCAGCUAGAACAGCUUCAAGAAGAGAACUUCAGACUGGAGGCAGCUAAAGAUGACUACCGUAUUCACUGUGAGGAGCUGGAGAAGCAGCUGGUGGAGCUUCAGCAUCGUAAUGAUGAACUCACCAGCCUGGCAGAGGAGUCUCGCUCACUAAAGGACGAGCUUGACAUAUUGAGGAGCUGCUCUGACCGGGCAGUGAAGCUUGAAGCCUCUGUAGACACGUACAGGAAGAAGCUGGAGGAUCUUGGUGAUCUGAGACGACAGAUGAAGGCUUUGGAGGAAAAGAACAUGACUUACAUGCACAACACUGUAAGUCUCGAGGAGGAGCUGCGCAAGGCCAACGCUGCUCGCGCCCAGCUAGAAACUUACAAGAGACAGGUUCAGGAGCUUCACAGGAAGUUGUCUGAAGAGAGUCGCAGAGCCGAUAAUCUCGCGUUCGAGAUGAAGGAGUUUGAAGAAAAGCAUGAAGCCAUAAUAAAAGAGAAAGAGAGGAUCAUUAUUGAGCGAGACUCUUUAAAAGAGACCAAUGAGGAACUUCGUUGUACACAAGCUCAACAAGACCAGCUUCUGCAAGCAGAAAUGUAUAAGACUGGAAGUCCAAGCCGGGACAACUUGGCGGCUGAGAUGUUGCCCAUUGAGUACAGGGAGAAGUUUAUUCGCUUGCAGCAUGAGAAUAAGAUGUUGCGAGUUCAACAGGACGACUCUGAGAAUGAGCGAAUCGGUGAGCUCCAGAUACAGCUGGAGGAGGCACGGCGUUCACGAAGUGAGCUAGAAACUGAGAACAGGCUGAACAGAGAGAGCAUCAUUGAGUUGCAGCAGCAGGUUGAAGAUUUGCAGAAAGCCUUGCAGACCCAGGGAGCCAAACCAGACGAUUCUCACCUGAAGAGGAAGCUGGAUGCUCAUAUGGUCCAGUUGAAUGAAGCACAAGAUGAGAUCAUGAAGAAAAAGGAGUUACUAGAGGACCUUCAGCCCGAUGUAUCUCAAACCUCAGCUCUGAAGGUGGAUGAACUGAUGGCUGCUCUGAAGAAGAAGGACGAUGACAUGCGAGCCAUGGAGGAAAGAUACAAAAUGUACCUGGAGAAAGCACGCAAUGUGAUUCGAGCACUGGACCCAAAAUUGAACCCAGCCUCAGCAGAAAUCCAAACCCUGAAGAGCCAGCUGUCGGAGAAGGAGAAGAGAAUAAUUGAUCUAGAGCGAGAGUGUGAGCAGGCGAAGUUGAGAGAGUAUGAAGAGAAACUGAUUGUCACUGCAUGGUACAAUAAGAGCCUGAAUUUUCAAAAGCUUGCGAUUGAGUCUCGUCUAAGCGGGUGCGCUAACUCUCUGAUACCACCUGGCCAGUCCUUCCUGGCCCAGCAACGUCAGGUGACCAAUGCACGGCGCACCCUGUCAAUCAACGUGCCUGCCAGCUCCACCAAGUAACGACUAGACGCCCACUACACCUGAUGUUCUCUUUUAUCAAAUGCACAAGUGACCUUAAACACCUUGAACUCCCAAAUAAAGGGACAAGCACACCAUAAUGUGAAUGUCGCACUUAGGAAACCCCAGGUAAUCCAAAAAAUAAAAAUAAAAAAAGGAUUAUAAAAAAUAUAUUCACUCAAGCACAGUAACUCAGUUUUACAGUCUAUUACAAACUUUUAACAUCCACACUACAGACUACAGUCUCUGCAAAUAGUUACACCAAACAAGCUGAUAUCUACAUUAAAUUACCAGUUUAUUCUACAGUUGUGAAAAAUUCUAAGGAAGAUGUAUCAUGAUAUUGUCUUUGGUAUGGGUUUAGAAUGCGUGACGACAGCUAAACUGGACUUCCAGUAGUAUUCUAUGCAGUCAGGUAAUGUGUACUGUUAUAAUUAUGAAUACUACAGUACCAUUGCCCUGAAUGUAUAUAUAGAGAUGUGUGUUUAUUGACAUUUCAUUUAAUGAGAAGCUUCCAUGCAUGUUCACAAAAUCAGCUACGGUAAAUAAUACAUGGAUAAAGCAUCAGGAAAAAUACAUAUUUGGUGCUGGACACUAAAUGCUAUUUUUUUUCUAUAUCAAAAUGACUACUUUUCUUAUAAUUGAAUACAAAAAGUAAACACUUACCAAUCACAAAGAUUUAAAUGUGCUACAGAUGGUGUUUAGGCAAAUAGAACAAGCUGUCUGUAUAAUUUAAUAUAAAUAGUAAUUUAAUUUAUUUAAUAUAGAAAUUGACUGCGAUUAAAUUCACUCUUGCAUGCUCUUAUAAAUAGCAGCAGAACCUUUUUGUCUGUUGUAUAUUUUUUUCUGGCUUGAAUGUGUAAAGCAGCAGAUAUCAGGAUUAAAUCACCAGCUUAUGGUCAUGGCACCCCAGCCCUGGCGUCCUCGUAUAGGAUGAAAUUAUAUGACCUUUUUUUCUAAUUGUUUUAUUUUAAACGAGCUGGCGUUUAUAUAUGGAAAAUAUUUCUGACCAUUCAAUGAUUUGUUUCUUUGGUGUAGAUUUAGAAAUAAAACUGUAUGUGAGAAAGUAAGGAUAAUUUGGUUUGUAUGGUACAACUGUGGUUACUUUUUUUUCUUUCUGGGAAAUAUUUAGCUAGUGUUCUCCAAGCCAUAUGGAGCCAUCUUUGCUCCUAGCAUUCGAGAGGACCUGGUAAUCAGCAAAAUGGUAGACUGUGGGUUUCGUUUAACGCUGUAUUGGUAAACACUUCUUUUAUCCUAGACUGGGAAAUGUGAUACAAUUGUUUUACAUGAUAAAUACAGAUAUGUAAAAUGUUAAAAGAGAUAAGCUUUUAGGGUUAUAUAAAUCAUUACUAAGUGUUACUGUAUGUUUUUGCCAACUAUAAAGCUUAAUAAAGAAAACCAUGGCUAAUA